UCAAAAGGGCCCCCAGAGGUGGUGUGCAAGAAAAGUCAUAUGUGGCAGUCUUUGUCUGCAUGACAGUCAAGGCCGUUCAUCUCGAACUCAUUACUUCGUUAACAACGCACGCCUUUAUUGCUGCAUUCAAACGAUUUGUCGCAAGACGGGGUCUACCAGCACAUAUCUAUAGCGACAAUGGCACUAACCUUGUCGGGGGAGAGAAGGAGUUACGAAGGUUGCUCAGGAAUCGUCAGGCUCAACAAGAGCUGUCAGACUUCGCAUCAAAGCUACACGUUCAGUGGCACUUCAACACUCCGGGUGCCCCACAUCAAGGUGGCUUGUGGGAGGCUGCCGUUAAAUCCUUCAAAUAUCAUCUCUCACGAAUUGUUGGAAAUGUGUCUUUGACUUACGAGGAGCUGAACACUGUGAUCAUCCAGAUCGAAGCAGUAUUGAACAGCAGACCCCUAGUUGCUCUCACAGAUGACCCACAAGACCCAACCAGUUUGACACCUGGAGACUUCCUUACAGGGGGAGCUCUCACACAGCUACCAGUUGUUCAACAAGAUCUAGAGAGGACGGAUCGUUUGCAUAGAUGGGAAUUAUGUACCAAGCUGCAACACGAUUUCAUGACCCGAUGGAAGAGAGACUAUCUUCAUACGUUGCAACAGAGACAUUGCUGGAACCGAGACUCUCCCAAUAUCGAACCAGGAGACGUUGUUUUGGUUAAAUCAGACAUUGCACCUAAUUUGGAUUGGCCAAUGGGUCUAGUGGAGAAAGUUUUUCCUGGCAAGGAUAAUAGGGUGAGAGUGGCACAGGUAAAAGUCAAGGGCAAAUCUUUUUCAAGACCCAUUACAAAAUUAAUAAAAUUACCAGUUCGUGAUAAUGAAAUAAAUUAAAUUGCGUCUUUGCAUUUUCUUAAGUUAAACAAAAAAGGUCUAAAAUUUAUUAUUCUAAACGUAAACUUCAAAAAGGGGGAGUGAUGUUAAGAAUUUGAAAUUUAAAUUUACAUGAUUGUAUAACUUUAGGCUUUUUUUGAAGUUCCCUUGGGUAAUAUUGCAUUUAUCAAAAACCUGUAGAUCAUCUUCACUCUCUCAUUGAAUACCGCAAUCGGUACUUCCGUAUAAAAAAUACAGUUUGACCAGUCUUUGGCAAAAAUUCCAUGUGAGUAGACAAGUGAUCCACGAGGUGAAGAAUAAAAUUAUAAUUUCUGUGAAAAUAAAAGUGUUUUUAAUUCCGGAAAUUGUCCAGUGAAAUCCUUGGAGAUAGUUGCAGCAGCAGAGGAAAGAAACUUUGAUCCUACUCGAUCGGAUUGUAAUAGUUUCUGUGUUUUUAAUAGGUGAGAGACUAUCUGCAGAAGUAGAAGGGCUGGUGAUUGAUAUUUUCG